GCCCAAAAUAAACCAUAUUAAAUAUAUUACAUUUAACACAGAAUCAUAAGGCUGGGUUCCUGGUUUCAUCUCUAACUUGGGCUCGGCACUUAACCCCUCUGAGCCUGUUUCCUCGUGUGUAAAAUGAAGUUAGUUUCUGUUUAAAGCGCUCCAGUGGCUUCCCCUUCCCCAGUGUGAAGUCCAGUCUCCUCAUCACGGCCCCCGCACCAUGGCGCUGGUGUCAGCCUCCAUCUCUGGACUUACCCCAUGUUCCUUGGCCCUGCUUGGUGGGCUCUGGUCCCCCUGGCCUCCGCAGUAGCAGCCCUGGGACGUGCCAGGCUCCUGCCACCUCUGGGCUUCAAGCUGUGGCAUGUUCCCUUUGCUUUGCCUGGAGAGCUUUUCCUUCGAGAUGGUGGCUCCUGGCUUAUUAGCUUGUGGGUCUCUAUUCAAAUGCCCCGUCGUCCACCCCAUGCAGGAGAGUCGGCCCAUCUUACCCCAGUGUCCAGUCUAUCCCCACCUGUCUUUACUGGCUUCAGAGCACUUGUUAUUACUUCAGCUUACAUUACUUAUUUCCAGUCUGUCACUGUCACUAGCAUUAAGCUUUUUCAAGCCUGGGAACGGUAUCCUGCUCGACUCCACGCCCAGGCCUGAGUGUAGGAGGCACUGGAUAAAUACUGUGAAGUGGCCUUUGUUGUUCUUUACCCUCACGCUAGCCCUAUGGUUAGUUCCGAAGAGAGGCUGUGAAGCGGUUUAUAGAUACACAGGUAAUGCAAAAUCAAAAAUAGUUAAUAAAAGCGGCUGCAGACAGGGGGCUGGUAUAGACGCACAUCCGUCCUAAGCCCUUUGCAGAGGGGCUCAGUGCGCACCGCGGGGCGAGCGGGAGCCCGCAGGGGUCAGAGCACAGUGCCGCAGCCGAGGGUUAGGCGUGGCCCAUGAAGCCAGGCCCCCUGGGUCUGAAGCCGGUGCCGUGGCUUCCCCACGGUGACCCCGGCUCCCCCAGCCUGCUCUGGAAAGCGGGAUGGUGGUGGCCGCUAACCCAUGGAGUGAGGGUCAUGUGAGACGGGGCCUGGCCUUCGUGAGGGCUCUCUGCAUGAAGGCCGUAAUCGCUCCAUUCCCACCCCACCCCAGGAGGAGUCGAUGUCGUGUGUCAUUUUACAGAUGAGGGACCCGAGACACGGAGAAGCUAAGUAACUGGCCCAAGUCCACGCUUCUGGCGGAUGGCGUAAAAAAGACCUUGCAUUUAAAAAUACGUAAUUUAGAAAUUCCUAUAAUUUUGAUCUCUGUGUGUCCUAUGUAAGCAUUAAUGUAGUUAAAACAUUUUAACAAAAGAUUUUUAAUUGUUUUCUUUGAGGGGAGGUGAGAGUGAAAUGAACUGCUGUCGGACAUUAAAAGAACUCGAAGUCCAAGUAGGAGAAAAGAUUUUCAAAAACAUUAAAACUGUUAUCAAAGCCCUUAAGCUCAUUGAUGUUAACAAGACGGGUCUGGUCCAACCACAUGCGCUGAGGAGGGUUCUGGAGACCUUCUGUUUGAAGAUGAAAGAUGAUGAAUACAAAAAGUUUGCAAAACACUACAACAUUGAUAAAGAUACUGCAGUGGAUUAUAAUGUUGUUUUGAAGAACCUCAGUACAAAUAAUGACUUGAACCUUAAAUAUUCUAUGAGAAGUCAAGAGGUCCCAUGGGAGGACCAACGAGUCAAAAGUUCCAAAAGAGAUUACCUCCCCAGUCCUGUUUCAUCUGAAGAUAUCUGGAAAAACUGCUCCUUAGAUGAAAUUGAGAGGACCUUUUGCCAAGAGCUUUCAAAGCCCUAUGAAAAGGUUGAAAAGGCCCUGAGUGCAGGGGACCCAUCCAAACGUGGAUACGUAUCUUUGAAUUACCUAAAGGUUGUCCUUGACACCUUUGUAUACCGAUUACCAAGAAGAAUUUUCAUCCAGUUAAUGAAAAGGAUGGACAGGAAUAGUGCCACUGACUGUGUGCCGGGCCCUGUCUUCAGUGAUUUUCUCAAACCUGAUGGACAUAUAAGGGAAGAAUUGCGACAUAUUCUAAAUUGCAUGGUUGUAAAAAUAAGUGAUUCAGAAUUCAAAGAACUAGUGCAAACGCUUGACCCUGGGUGCACCGGAUGGGUCAACGUCAGCACGUUUAUUGAACUGCUUGAAGAGAACCCUAAGCUAAGCAAAACAUCCUCCUGUAAAGACACCAAGGCACCUCUCUUCCUGGCUUGGGAUUCGGUGGAAGAAAUUGUUCAUGACUCCAUUUCCAGGAAUCUACACGUUUUCUAUAAUAUGCUGCGGUCACAUGACCUUGGAGACACAGGGCUCAUUGGGCGAAAUAACUUCAAGAAAAUCAUGCACGUUUUCUGCCCAUUUUUAACAACCGAGCAUUUAGUAAAACUCUGCAAUAAGUUUCAGGAUAUUGCUUCAGAAAGAAUCCUUUACAAGAAACUUUUGGCAUGCCUAGGAAUUAAUGGCCCACCCACUGUCUCUCCAGUUCCUGUUCCAAAGGAUCAGCUGUUAAAUGAACAUCUUCAAAAAGGGGAGCGGCAGCAGCCAGAUCUUUCUGAGACAGCCAAGCCCACUGAGAGUAAAAGUGCUGUGACCGAGAAUAUGACGAAGGAUGUGCUUAUUGAAAAACUCAAAAACUGUAUACGGCAGCCGUACCCAGCAUUCAGAAAACGAUUUCUGGACUUCAGCAAGGAGCCUGAUGGCAAGAUGAAUGUGCAUGACUUCAAGAAGGUCCUGGAAGAUAACGGAAUGCCGAUGGAUGACGAUCAGUAUGCUCUGCUAACUGCAAAAUUAGGAUAUAAGAAAGAAGGGAUGAGUUAUCUUGAUUUUGCAACAGGAUUUGAAGAUCCUAAGAUGAACGGGCCAGAAGUGAGUUCAUCUCAGACUCCAGUUCUUUCCAAAGGGAACUUGGACGGCUACUUUAUAACUGCUGAAGAGUGCCUGAGACAGUUCCCCCGGAGACUGAAGGAAUCCUUCCGGGACCCCUACGCGGCCUUCUUUAAGAUGGACUCGGACAGGGAUGGCAUCGUCACCAUGCACAACCUUCAUCAGCUGCAGCACCUGCUCUUCAACCUGAAGGACGAGGAUUUCGAGCGAUUCCUGGGCCUUCUUGGCUUGAGGCUCAGCGUCACGUUAAAUUUCCACGAAUUUCGAAAUUUGUGUGAGAAGAGACCGUUCAGAAUAGAAGACACCGCGCCUCAGAGACUCAUUAGACCAAAACAGAAGGUUGCAGAUUCAGAACUAGCUUGUGAACAGGCUCAUCAGUAUCUUGUUACCAAAGCAAAAACCAGAUGGUCAGACUUGUCUAAGAAUUUUAUCGAAACCGACAAUGAGGGCAACGGCAUUCUUCGACGACGGGAUGUAAAGAACGCGCUGUAUGGCUUUGAUAUUCCCCUCACACCCAGAGAAUGUGAGAAGCUUUGGAUGAGGUACGACACCGAGGGAAGAGGGCACAUUACUUACCAAGAAGUUUUACAGAAAUUGGGGGUUAACUAUUCAGCGGCCAUUCAUCAGCCCUACGCAGAGGAUUAUUUCAACUUCAUGGGUCAUUUCACGAAGCCACAGCAGGUGCAAGAAGAGAUGAAGGAGCAGAGCACGGAGAGGGCCGUGCCGGCCGGGGAUAAGCUUAAGGACCACUAUCAAGAUUUCAAUAUCAGCAAAGCACUCACCAAACUAGAUAAAUCCAAAAAUGGCUACAUAUCCUUAUGCAAGAUGCAGAAGUUGCUGCAGGAGUGUGGCUGUUCUCUGAAGGCAGAGGAGCUGGCCGAUCUUCUCACCAGUUGGGGAAUCAGCUGGCAUGGUAAUUCCAUCAAUUACCUCGACUUCUUGAGAGCAGUGGAGAAUAGCAAGCUGACAAAACCUCAGCCACAAGAGAAGGAGGAGAGCGUGCCGAUCAAUUUUGCGACCCUAAGUCCAGAGGAGGUUCUGAAGAACGUCCAGGAGGUUGUUGCCUCCUCCAGUCCGGCUUUGUCAACGGCAUUUUCUGCACUGGAUAAAGAGGACACUGGGUUUGUAAAGGCUUCGGAUUUUGGACAAGUUCUUAAGGAUUUCUGUUACAAACUAACAGAUACCCAGUAUCAUUAUUUUUUGAGAAAACUAAGAAUUCAUCUCACCCCGUAUAUAAAUUGGAAAUAUUUUCUCCAGAACUUCAACAGUUACCUUGAGGAGGCUGCUGCUGAGUGGGCUGAGAAGAUGCCCAAAGGCCCGCCGCCCAUAUCUCCCAAGGAAAUGGCAAACCAAGAGGUCCUGGCCCGGCUCCACAAAGCUGUGACCUUCCACUACAAAACGAUCGCCCAGGAGUUUGAGAACUUCGACACCAUGCGGACCAAUACCGUCUCCAGGGACGAGUUCCGGUCCAUUUGUACUCGCCACGUCCAAGUUCUGACGGAUGAGCAAUUUGAUAGGCUCUGGGACGAGAUGCCCGUCGACGCCAAGGGAAGGCUGCAAUACCUGGACUUCCUCAGCAGCUUCAGCUCGGGGAAGGCGGCCCCGCCGCCGGCCCCGGGCGCCUCGGCCAAGGCGCAGAGAGGGUGCAGCGUCCCUGAGGUCUCAGAGAGAAGCAGGUCUGCAGGGUCGUCGCCCACUCGAGACCUGAAAGCAGGGUCCAAACCGCGGAGUCACCCCUGCACCCCCGCGAGCACAACCCCGCUGCUGCAGAACUGCGAGCCCGUGGAGAAUAAGCUGCGGAAGAAGAUCCAGGGCUGCUGGCGCGAGUUCCUGCGAGAGUGCCAGGAGAGGGACGCCAACAAGCAGGGCGAGAUCCCCGCCACGGAGUUCCAGGCUCUCGUGGAGAAAUUCAACCUGGGCGUAAACAGAGAUGAGUGCCGGCAGCUCAUCGACAAGUACGACUUAAAGAACAACGGGAGGUUUGCUUAUUGUAACUUCAUUCAGAGCUACGUCCUCCUGUUAAAAGCAAAGGAAACCUCGCUGAUGCAGAGAAUGAAACUGCAGAAGGCGACUAAAAUGAAAGAAUGCGGUGCUGAGACUUCUUCCUUUUACGCCGCUCUGCUGCGGAUUCAACCCCAAAUUGUGCGCUGCUGGAGGCCGAUGCUGCGCACACUCAAGGCCUACGACGAGGGAAGGACGGGGCUUUUAAGCGUGGCUGAUUUCAGGAUGGUCCUGAGGCAGUACGGCAUCAACCUCUCCGAGGAGGAGUUCUUCCACAUUCUGGAGUAUUAUGACAAGACGCUGUCUUCAAAAAUCUCCUACAACGACUUCCUCCACGCCUUCCUUCAGUAGGGGGCCAGCUCUGCGAGCCCAGCGUGGACAGACGGGGACCGCAGGGCCUGUCCCCGAGACUAGUAAAAUCUAUCAUCGGGCUGUCUCACGAACUUCCAGAGUGUCCCCAAAACAGAGCCCACACCCUGCCCGGCCUGCGUCUUUCCGAGGUCAUCCCAGGCCCAGCGCUGGGCUCUAGCAUCAGCAGUGGCCUUCCAGAGGGCCUCGGGGCUGCCCCGCUGAGCCUCGGGACCCUCGUUAGUUUGAGCAAAUUAAAAUGUUAGUCUCUGCAAGAAUGAUGCUUGAGGCUUUAAAGGAACCACCAGUGAUAAACUUCAAAACUCAGACUUUCUGAAGGUUUUAUUCACAAGAGCUUGCCGGGUGCCUCAGGGCCGCCACAGCACUUCCUCCACCUGGGUCACACCUGUGCCCCUGCUGGGCUUGUCCACAGGGCCGCCUCUCUGCCCCUGGGGACACAGGCACCAGCCUGACGUCACGGAGGAGCAGCCGGCAUCUACGUCAGGCCCCAUGUGUUCUUUGGGGGCUCAGCCUUUCCAGGGCCCGGCUGAGCUGACCGCUGAUUGGAGCCACCCACCAGCGCCCAUUGCGGGAGGGACUCUUGCUUGGACACAGCAGGGUGUGACAAGCUGAGAGAAGUUUUCAAUUGCCGCAGUCCGUUCCACCCAUCAUGAAGAAGAUGGAAGGGAGACAGUUUGCUGCCUCCUGGAAAGUUCUGGAAGGAACAGAAGAGGCAGGCAAGAGAGCUGCCCCGAGCUGUGUGACCCCGGGCUGUCAGGGAGGGGUGGGGGCAAGGAGCCUCCACUGUCACCCUGAGCAACACACAAGCAACACACGGCCAGCGGACCUCACGUCCCUCAGAGGGACGCCCGGCCAGCACCUGCCGCGGCCCCAGCCACCGGAGGGCGGGUUCCCCAGGGCCUGGGCAGCGGCCUUGGCUUCUCCUCCCCUUUCCUGUCGUCACUGCCAUGACCAUGCCUCCUCCUUUCCCUGCUCCCACGGGACACAGACACGGCUGCUGACCAGGGAAGGAGGCAAAUGUUCAACCAGAGACCACGGGAGCUCUUAGGAAGCCAGACCAGAGCUGACCUCCUGUGAGCCCUGCUGGCUGCACAGCCACUCCAGCAGGCCGGGUGGGGUCUCCGUCCCCAGUGGAGAGAUGGAGACCCUGAGGCCCAGGUGGAGGAGGGAAGGACGCCCUCUGGGGUGCCUGAGGAGUGAGGACAUGGCUCCUUGCUUCCUGCCCCUCAGCCAGGCACCCCGCAGCCCGGCAGGGGGCAUCGGGGACCAGGCUGAGGAGGUCUGGCUGGGCCAGGACUGCGGAGGCCCCCAGAUCCCAGAGAACCUGGGGGCCCCGGAGGAGGCUCAGGGGAUGAAGAU